UGUCUUGAAUAUGCAAUUGGUACAUUCGAUGAAUUCUUAUGCCGCCCGGGUUUAGAUGCUGCGCUUAACCAAUUGAAAGUUCUUACCAAAGCCGUUGGUGAUCGCCUGGCAUUGCCAGGCAUCAAGUCUAUUGUGUGUGCUGGCAGCUUUGCAUUAACUACUCUAAUCAGGAUGGAUGCUCCACAAGUUAAGAUGGUUAUUGGAAAUCAGUGCUCACUAUCAGGUGACAAUAUUCAGGAACCAUCUCUCCAAAGCCCUUCAGGAGUUCCAUCACCAUGGAAUGCCACUAGCAUUGUAGAAGCAUCUGAUUUUACCAUGGAUCAACACAUUAAGUUGUUUAAUGAUAUUCAAACAACUUACUCUAUGAACUUUGAUAAAGAAGUUGUGGAUGAUGUUUAUAGUCGCACUGAUGGCUAUCCUGGUCUAGAAGGGCUACUUGCAUCAUUAUGCAUUGAAUUUGCUUCCACUGAGCAUCAUCUAGAUUCCAAUACGUGGGAUGACUGUUUCACAGGGUUUAUCCGUUUCCCCUCGACAAGCAAGUUAUCAGCUGUCACUAACAUUCACAAGUACCUGGAUCAACAAGGAGAAUUUGAGAUGAAGGCGAAGAAUCUUUUGGGGCGCUUUCUCCAAAUGAGAACUAUGCAGAAAUCUGAUAUUGUUGAAGAGGAUUCACUUGCCCUUACCCACCUGCGCGCACUCAGUAUUAUCAAGGAGGGGGAUAACCUAUUGGAUUUCACAUCCAAUAUUAUUUUUGAUCUACUAUCAGCCUUUUAUUAUCCCUUCCAUAACAUGGAGAUCAGCAUCCCAAUGAAUCUGAAAUUUGAAAAACCAGCUGAUUUCUUGGAGAAGGUCUUAACCCUGUUACUGGUUACAAUAUAUCUGCUGUGA